AUGGCUGAUGCUCAAAAGGAGAAGGAAGAGAGGGAGCGCAUUUUCAAGAGCUUCGACAGCAAUGGUGACGGAAAGAUCUCAUCUACGGAGCUAGGCGAUGCGCUGAAAGCGCUUGGCUCUGUCACAUCAGAUGAAGUGCAACGCAUGAUGGCUGAGAUCGACACUGACGGUGAUGGUUUCAUUUCUCUCGAGGAAUUCACAGAAUUUGCUCAGGCCAAUCGUGGCUUGAUCAAGGAUGUUGCAAAGAUAUUCUAG